CGCAGCCUUUGUUCUGGACUUCUGGGAAGUGUUUUCCCUCUGAAACGCAAAUACAUACAUUCAUUCACUCCUCCAUGUCGACGACAGAAUCGCCUAAGCGCGACAAGUGGCAAUGGGAGACCGCCACCGCCGGCGCCGCCGCUGGAUUCGCCACCGUCGCCGUCAUGCAUCCCCUCGAUGUUGUCCGAACUAGAUUCCAAGUUAACGAUGGUCGAGUCUCUCAUCUCCCCAGAUACAACAACACCGCUCACGCCAUUUUCUCCAUUGCUCGCUCCGAGGGAUUGAGAGGAUUAUAUGCUGGCUUUCUUCCUGGGGUUCUUGGGUCAACCAUUUCAUGGGGUUUAUAUUUCUUUUUCUAUGACAAAGCUAAACAAAGAUAUGCUAGGAAUAGAGAGGAAAAGUUGACCCCGGGUCUUCAUCUUGCCUCGGCUGCCGAAGCAGGAGCUAUUGUUUCCUUGUGCACAAAUCCUGUUUGGCUAGUGAAGACAAGAUUGCAGCUUCAGACUCCUCUUCAUCAGACACGACCAUACUCUGGGCUUUAUGAUGCAUUUAGGACCAUAAUGAGGGAAGAAGGAUUUAGUGCACUUUACCGAGGGCUUGUUCCUGGUCUAUUUCUGCAGGUCUCUCAUGGUGCUAUUCAGUUCACAGCAUACGAGGAGCUUCGUAAUAUUUUUGUUGAUUUGAAGAGUAGGGGAAGUACAGUACACCGUGAAAACCCUGAUCAACUGUUGAAUUCUGUUGAUUAUGCUGUUCUUGGAGCAUCAUCGAAGAUUGCUGCGAUACUUCUAAGCUAUCCAUUUCAGGUUAUACGGUCUCGAUUGCAGCAAAGACCUGGUGGUGAUGGGGUUCCAAGAUAUAUCGACAGUUGGCAUGUUGUGAAAGAAACUGCACGAUUUGAAGGUGUUCGUGGUUUUUACAAGGGAAUUACCCCGAACCUCUUAAAAAAUGCUCCUGCUUCUUCGAUAACAUUUAUUGUUUAUGAAAAUGUUCUAAAAUUACUGAAAUUAGCUAGAAAGGAAUGACCAUUUAUUUUUCUUUUACCUUAUGAUUUUUUUUUUUCUCAAUUUUGGUAAUUACUCUCUGAUUUGAUAUUUGUUGUAUUGGGAACUUGUUCAUUUAUCCUGUCACUUUAAUUUUUAUUGAUGGGAUUCUCCUCAAGAUGUAAUCUAGCUAUAUGGAUGCAAUUCCGGGAGAUAGAAGAAUGCUUGCCUUUGCCAUAUGGAUGCAAUCCCUAGGCGGAAAAAAUGUAAUUUAGAGAUAGUUAUUUUUAUAAUUGCUGACUAUUUUUUAUUGUUAUUAAACGUCAUUUUUACAC